AUGUCUAAUCAUGCCCGUUGUAUUUUUGAUACAUUACGGAGAUUUUUACGACAAAUAUUGCAAGUAACGUUAUCUCCAUCCUCCGUGAAAGAGGAGAGGCAAAACAGCCCAGAGGCAAAACAGCCCAGAGGCAAAACAGCCCAGAGGCAAAACAGCCCAGAGGCAAAACAGCCCAGAGGCAAAACAGCCCAGAGGCAAAACAGCCCAGAGGCAAAACAGCCCAGAGGCAAAACAGCCCAGAGGCAAAACAGCCCAGAGGCAAAACAGCCCAGAGGCAAAACAGCCCAGAGGCAAAACAGCCCAGAGGCAAAACAGCCCAGAGGCAAAACAGCCCAGAGGCAAAACAGCCCAGAGGCAAAACAGCCCAGAGGCAAAACAGCCCAGAGGCAAAACAGCCCAGAGGCAAAACAGCCCAGAGGCAAAACAGCCCAGAGGCAAAACAGCCCAGAGGCAAAACAGCCCAGAGGCAAAACAGCCCAGAGGCAAAACAGCCCAGAGGCAAAACAGCCCAGAGGCAAAACAGCCCAGAGGCAAAACAGCCCAGAGGCAAAACAGCCCAGAGGCAAAACAGCCCAGAGGCAAAACAGCCCAGAGGCAAAACAGCCCAGAGGCAAAACAGCCCAGAGGCAAAACAGCCCAGAGGCAAAACAGCCCAGAGGCAAAACAGCCCAGAGGCAAAACAGCCCAGAGGCAAAACAGCCCAGAGGCAAAACAGCCCAGAGGCAAAACAGCCCAGAGGCAAAACAGCCCAGAGGCAAAACAGCCCAGAGGCAAAACAGCCCAGAGGCAAAACAGCCCAGAGGCAAAACAGCCCAGAGGCAAAACAGCCCAGAGGCAAAACAGCCCAGAGGCAAAACAGCCCAGAGGCAAAACAGCCCAGAGGCAAAACAGCCCAGAGGCAAAACAGCCCAGAGGCAAAACAGCCCAGAGGCAAAACAGCCCAGAGGCAAAACAGCCCAGAGGCAAAACAGCCCAGAGGCAAAACAGCCCAGAGGCAAAACAGCCCAGAGGCAAAACAGCCCAGAGGCAAAACAGCCCAGAGGCAAAACAGCCCAGAGGCAAAACAGCCCAGAGGCAAAACAGCCCAGAGGCAAAACAGCCCAGAGGCAAAACAGCCCAGAGGCAAAACAGCCCAGAGGCAAAACAGCCCAGAGGCAAAACAGCCCAGAGGCAAAACAGCCCAGAGGCAAAACAGCCCAGAGGCAAAACAGCCCAGAGGCAAAACAGCCCAGAGGCAAAACAGCCCAGAGGCAAAACAGCCCAGAGGCAAAACAGCCCAGAGGCAAAACAGCCCAGAGGCAAAACAGCCCAGAGGCAAAACAGCCCAGAGGCAAAACAGCCCAGAGGCAAAACAGCCCAGAGGCAAAACAGCCCAGAGGCAAAACAGCCCAGAGGCAAAACAGCCCAGAGGCAAAACAGCCCAGAGGCAAAACAGCCCAGAGGCAAAACAGCCCAGAGGCAAAACAGCCCAGAGGCAAAACAGCCCAGAGGCAAAACAGCCCAGAGGCAAAACAGCCCAGAGGCAAAACAGCCCAGAGGCAAAACAGCCCAGAGGCAAAACAGCCCAGAGGCAAAACAGCCCAGAGGCAAAACAGCCCAGAGGCAAAACAGCCCAGAGGCAAAACAGCCCAGAGGCAAAACAGCCCAGAGGCAAAACAGCCCAGAGGCAAAACAGCCCAGAGGCAAAACAGCCCAGAGGCAAAACAGCCCAGAGGCAAAACAGCCCAGAGGCAAAACAGCCCAGAGGCAAAACAGCCCAGAGGCAAAACAGCCCAGAGGCAAAACAGCCCAGAGGCAAAACAGCCCAGAGGCAAAACAGCCCAGAGGCAAAACAGCCCAGAGGCAAAACAGCCCAGAGGCAAAACAGCCCAGAGGCAAAACAGCCCAGAGGCAAAACAGCCCAGAGGCAAAACAGCCCAGAGGCAAAACAGCCCAGAGGCAAAACAGCCCAGAGGCAAAACAGCCCAGAGGCAAAACAGCCCAGAGGCAAAACAGCCCAGAGGCAAAACAGCCCAGAGGCAAAACAGCCCAGAGGCAAAACAGCCCAGAGGCAAAACAGCCCAGAGGCAAAACAGCCCAGAGGCAAAACAGCCCAGAGGCAAAACAGCCCAGAGGCAAAACAGCCCAGAGGCAAAACAGCCCAGAGGCAAAACAGCCCAGAGGCAAAACAGCCCAGAGGCAAAACAGCCCAGAGGCAAAACAGCCCAGAGGCAAAACAGCCCAGAGGCAAAACAGCCCAGAGGCAAAACAGCCCAGAGGCAAAACAGCCCAGAGGCAAAACAGCCCAGAGGCAAAACAGCCCAGAGGCAAAACAGCCCAGAGGCAAAACAGCCCAGAGGCAAAACAGCCCAGAGGCAAAACAGCCCAGAGGCAAAACAGCCCAGAGGCAAAACAGCCCAGAGGCAAAACAGCCCAGAGGCAAAACAGCCCAGAGGCAAAACAGCCCAGAGGCAAAACAGCCCAGAGGCAAAACAGCCCAGAGGCAAAACAGCCCAGAGGCAAAACAGCCCAGAGGCAAAACAGCCCAGAGGCAAAACAGCCCAGAGGCAAAACAGCCCAGAGGCAAAACAGCCCAGAGGCAAAACAGCCCAGAGGCAAAACAGCCCAGAGGCAAAACAGCCCAGAGGCAAAACAGCCCAGAGGCAAAACAGCCCAGAGGCAAAACAGCCCAGAGGCAAAACAGCCCAGAGGCAAAACAGCCCAGAGGCAAAACAGCCCAGAGGCAAAACAGCCCAGAGGCAAAACAGCCCAGAGGCAAAACAGCCCAGAGGCAAAACAGCCCAGAGGCAAAACAGCCCAGAGGCAAAACAGCCCAGAGGCAAAACAGCCCAGAGGCAAAACAGCCCAGAGGCAAAACAGCCCAGAGGCAAAACAGCCCAGAGGCAAAACAGCCCAGAGGCAAAACAGCCCAGAGGCAAAACAGCCCAGAGGCAAAACAGCCCAGAGGCAAAACAGCCCAGAGGCAAAACAGCCCAGAGGCAAAACAGCCCAGAGGCAAAACAGCCCAGAGGCAAAACAGCCCAGAGGCAAAACAGCCCAGAGGCAAAACAGCCCAGAGGCAAAACAGCCCAGAGGCAAAACAGCCCAGAGGCAAAACAGCCCAGAGGCAAAACAGCCCAGAGGCAAAACAGCCCAGAGGCAAAACAGCCCAGAGGCAAAACAGCCCAGAGGCAAAACAGCCCAGAGGCAAAACAGCCCAGAGGCAAAACAGCCCAGAGGCAAAACAGCCCAGAGGCAAAACAGCCCAGAGGCAAAACAGCCCAGAGGCAAAACAGCCCAGAGGCAAAACAGCCCAGAGGCAAAACAGCCCAGAGGCAAAACAGCCCAGAGGCAAAACAGCCCAGAGGCAAAACAGCCCAGAGGCAAAACAGCCCAGAGGCAAAACAGCCCAGAGGCAAAACAGCCCAGAGGCAAAACAGCCCAGAGGCAAAACAGCCCAGAGGCAAAACAGCCCAGAGGCAAAACAGCCCAGAGGCAAAACAGCCCAGAGGCAAAACAGCCCAGAGGCAAAACAGCCCAGAGGCAAAACAGCCCAGAGGCAAAACAGCCCAGAGGCAAAACAGCCCAGAGGCAAAACAGCCCAGAGGCAAAACAGCCCAGAGGCAAAACAGCCCAGAGGCAAAACAGCCCAGAGGCAAAACAGCCCAGAGGCAAAACAGCCCAGAGGCAAAACAGCCCAGAGGCAAAACAGCCCAGAGGCAAAACAGCCCAGAGGCAAAACAGCCCAGAGGCAAAACAGCCCAGAGGCAAAACAGCCCAGAGGCAAAACAGCCCAGAGGCAAAACAGCCCAGAGGCAAAACAGCCCAGAGGCAAAACAGCCCAGAGGCAAAACAGCCCAGAGGCAAAACAGCCCAGAGGCAAAACAGCCCAGAGGCAAAACAGCCCAGAGGCAAAACAGCCCAGAGGCAAAACAGCCCAGAGGCAAAACAGCCCAGAGGCAAAACAGCCCAGAGGCAAAACAGCCCAGAGGCAAAACAGCCCAGAGGCAAAACAGCCCAGAGGCAAAACAGCCCAGAGGCAAAACAGCCCAGAGGCAAAACAGCCCAGAGGCAAAACAGCCCAGAGGCAAAACAGCCCAGAGGCAAAACAGCCCAGAGGCAAAACAGCCCAGAGGCAAAACAGCCCAGAGGCAAAACAGCCCAGAGGCAAAACAGCCCAGAGGCAAAACAGCCCAGAGGCAAAACAGCCCAGAGGCAAAACAGCCCAGAGGCAAAACAGCCCAGAGGCAAAACAGCCCAGAGGCAAAACAGCCCAGAGGCAAAACAGCCCAGAGGCAAAACAGCCCAGAGGCAAAACAGCCCAGAGGCAAAACAGCCCAGAGGCAAAACAGCCCAGAGGCAAAACAGCCCAGAGGCAAAACAGCCCAGAGGCAAAACAGCCCAGAGGCAAAACAGCCCAGAGGCAAAACAGCCCAGAGGCAAAACAGCCCAGAGGCAAAACAGCCCAGAGGCAAAACAGCCCAGAGGCAAAACAGCCCAGAGGCAAAACAGCCCAGAGGCAAAACAGCCCAGAGGCAAAACAGCCCAGAGGCAAAACAGCCCAGAGGCAAAACAGCCCAGAGGCAAAACAGCCCAGAGGCAAAACAGCCCAGAGGCAAAACAGCCCAGAGGCAAAACAGCCCAGAGGCAAAACAGCCCAGAGGCAAAACAGCCCAGAGGCAAAACAGCCCAGAGGCAAAACAGCCCAGAGGCAAAACAGCCCAGAGGCAAAACAGCCCAGAGGCAAAACAGCCCAGAGGCAAAACAGCCCAGAGGCAAAACAGCCCAGAGGCAAAACAGCCCAGAGGCAAAACAGCCCAGAGGCAAAACAGCCCAGAGGCAAAACAGCCCAGAGGCAAAACAGCCCAGAGGCAAAACAGCCCAGAGGCAAAACAGCCCAGAGGCAAAACAGCCCAGAGGCAAAACAGCCCAGAGGCAAAACAGCCCAGAGGCAAAACAGCCCAGAGGCAAAACAGCCCAGAGGCAAAACAGCCCAGAGGCAAAACAGCCCAGAGGCAAAACAGCCCAGAGGCAAAACAGCCCAGAGGCAAAACAGCCCAGAGGCAAAACAGCCCAGAGGCAAAACAGCCCAGAGGCAAAACAGCCCAGAGGCAAAACAGCCCAGAGGCAAAACAGCCCAGAGGCAAAACAGCCCAGAGGCAAAACAGCCCAGAGGCAAAACAGCCCAGAGGCAAAACAGCCCAGAGGCAAAACAGCCCAGAGGCAAAACAGCCCAGAGGCAAAACAGCCCAGAGGCAAAACAGCCCAGAGGCAAAACAGCCCAGAGGCAAAACAGCCCAGAGGCAAAACAGCCCAGAGGCAAAACAGCCCAGAGGCAAAACAGCCCAGAGGCAAAACAGCCCAGAGGCAAAACAGCCCAGAGGCAAAACAGCCCAGAGGCAAAACAGCCCAGAGGCAAAACAGCCCAGAGGCAAAACAGCCCAGAGGCAAAACAGCCCAGAGGCAAAACAGCCCAGAGGCAAAACAGCCCAGAGGCAAAACAGCCCAGAGGCAAAACAGCCCAGAGGCAAAACAGCCCAGAGGCAAAACAGCCCAGAGGCAAAACAGCCCAGAGGCAAAACAGCCCAGAGGCAAAACAGCCCAGAGGCAAAACAGCCCAGAGGCAAAACAGCCCAGAGGCAAAACAGCCCAGAGGCAAAACAGCCCAGAGGCAAAACAGCCCAGAGGCAAAACAGCCCAGAGGCAAAACAGCCCAGAGGCAAAACAGCCCAGAGGCAAAACAGCCCAGAGGCAAAACAGCCCAGAGGCAAAACAGCCCAGAGGCAAAACAGCCCAGAGGCAAAACAGCCCAGAGGCAAAACAGCCCAGAGGCAAAACAGCCCAGAGGCAAAACAGCCCAGAGGCAAAACAGCCCAGAGGCAAAACAGCCCAGAGGCAAAACAGCCCAGAGGCAAAACAGCCCAGAGGCAAAACAGCCCAGAGGCAAAACAGCCCAGAGGCAAACAGCCCAGAGGCAAAACAGCCCAGAGGCAAAACAGCCCAGAGGCAAAACAGCCCAGAGGCAAAAACAGCCCAGAGGCAAAACAGCCCAGAGGCAAAACAGCCCAGAGGCAAAACAGCCCAGAGGCAAAACAGCCCAGAGGCAAAACAGCCCAGAGGCAAAACAGCCCAGAGGCAAAACAGCCCAGCAGGCAAAACAGCCAGAGGCAAAACAGCCCAGAGGCAAAACAGCCCAGAGGCAAAACAGCCCAGAGGCAAAACAGCCCAGAGGCAAAACAGCCCAGAGGCAAAACAGCCCAGAGGCAAAACAGCCCAGAGGCAAAACAGCCCAGAGGCAAAACAGCCCAGAGGCAAAACAGCCCAGAGGCAAAACAGCCCAGAGGCAAAACAGCCCCAGAGGCAAAACAGCCCAGAGGCAAAACAGCCCAGAGGCAAAACAGCCCAGAGGCAAAACAGCCCAGAGGCAAAACAGCCCAGAAGGCAAAACAGCCCAGAGGCAAAACAGCCCAGAGGCAAAACAGCCCAGAGGCAAAAAGCCCAGAGGAAACAGCCCAGAGGCAAAACAGCCCAGAGGCAAAACAGCCCAGAGGCAAAACAGCCCAGAGGCAAAACAGCCCAGAGGCAAAACAGCCCAGAGGCAAAACAGCCCAGAGGCAAAACAGCCCAGAGGCAAAACAGCCCAGAGGCAAAACAGCCCAGAGGCAAAACAGCCCAGAGGCAAAACAGCCCAGAGGCAAAACAGCCCAGAGGCAAAACAGCCCAGAGGCAAAACAGCCCAGAGGCAAAACAGCCCAGAGGCAAAACAGCCCAGAGGCAAAACAGCCCAGAGGCAAAACAGCCCAGAGGCAAAACAGCCCAGAGGCAAAACAGCCCAGAGGCAAAACAGCCCAGAGGCAAAACAGCCCAGAGGCAAAACAGCCCAGAGGCAAAACAGCCCAGAGGCAAAACAGCCCAGAGGCAAAACAGCCCAGAGGCAAAACAGCCCAGAGGCAAAACAGCCCAGAGGCAAAACAGCCCAGAGGCAAAACAGCCCAGAGGCAAACAGCCCAGAGGCAAAACAGCCAGAGGCAAAACAGCCCAGAGGCAAAACAGCCCCAGAGGCAAAACAGCCCAGAGGCAAACAGCCCAGAGGCAAACAGCCCAGAGGCAAAACAGCCCAGAGGCAAAACAGCCCAGAGGCAAAACAGCCCAGAGGCAAAACAGCCCAGAGGCCAAACAGCCCAGAGGCAAAACAGCCCAGAGCAAAACAGCCCAGACGGCAAAACAGCCCAGAGGCAAAACAGCCCAGAGGCAAAACAGCCAGCCCAGAGCAAAACACCCAGAGCAAAACAGCCCAGAGGCAAAACAGCCCAGAGGCAAAACAGCCCAGAGGCAAAACAGCCCAGAGGCAAAACAGCCCAGGGGCAAAACAGCCCAGAGGCAAAACAGCCCAGAGGCAAAACAGCCAGAGGCAAACAGCCCAGAGGCAAAACAGCCCAGAGGCAAAACAGCCCAGAGGCAAAACAGCCCAGAGGCAAAACAGCCCAGAGGCAAAACAGCCCAGAGGCAAAACCCAAGCACAGCCCAGAGCAAAACAGCCCAGAGGCAAAACAGCCCAGAGGCAAAACAGCCCAGAGGCAAAACAGCCCAGAGGCAAAAGCCCAGAGCAAAACAGCCCAGAGGCAAAACAGCCCAGAGGCAAAACAGCCCAGAG